AUGAGAACUUUCAUUCUUAUCGCCCUAACAGUCCUCGCCUUCGUUGCUGUUUCACAGGCCGAAACUGACGACAGCCAAGUUCGUGUGAUGCAAAGCUUCGCCGAUAUUAAGAAAUUCUUCGCCGAAGAUCCGGCAGGAAUUAAAUUGAAGGAUAUUGCCCAGGAGACGUGUGCGUUUAUUCAACAAGUUAGAAUGAAGGCUCGUGCUGCAUUGCGCCAAUACCUCCAGAAACUACUGAAGGAAAACUAG